AUGGACGGUCCGGACGGCUUCCCAGUUUUCUUUCAUUGUCCCAGCCUGGACGAGGAGCAGAGGAGGAGGAUAGAGAAUUAUUUCCACAUUCGGCGCAAAUCAGGUGGAGGAGAGUGCAGCUCGGUGAUGGAGGUGGGGGACAAAGUUUACAGAGUUGCUUUUAAAGAGCGACAAGCUCAACAAAGAGUUCUUCAGAAGACGGAGCACGUGCUGGAGUUUCCGGAUGGUAACUUGGUGCUUUCUGUACGAGACAAUCCAGGGUCCAGCAAGUCCUCGGAUAAAACUGCCCCAACUCCAGAAAAAAUAACAAACCCAAAGCAGGAUUUAACAUCAGCACAGGUACGUUUGGAAAACCAUCUUCUUUUCUCAAACCUGCCACCAAGUGGUGAAAAGUAUGAACUACAGCUGGACCCUUAUGUCUUUCGAUACUUGACGGAAUUUCCAAAAGCCAAGACAGAGCUGGAGACAAAUCUUGCCACCAUGUCCUGUUCUGCUCACUUUCACCCAGAGGAGGAUACAGUUUUAGUCAGACAAUUGGCCCAGCUUUCUGCUGCUGCAGGUGGAGUUAGUAACUGGAAAUCUGAAGUAGAUAAGCUCUUUGACAGUUACACGAGCCACUAUGAGUUAGACUCUCACAAAAUCAAAGCUUUGCUGCUGUCCCGCAGCUCUCAGCAGAGUGCUGAUGAGGUAAAGGUGUACAGUGAGAUUGGAGCUGCUGUUGUUGUCGGGAAACGUUCCCAGGUUAAAGCUAGGUUAACAGACUUCGAGUCUACAAGCGUCAAACACAGAAGAUCAACCUCAGGUGAGUCAAAAUCUACCAUCUAUCGAAUUGGGGAGGCCAAACUUAGCCUCCUCUGGAAAGAUAUUGAGUCCAGUUUGGGGAGAAACCUUCCAGAAGUAAAGGCUACUCAGGCAGAUGAAGGUAAACUGUUGUUGGAAGGCUCUGUGGAGGAUAUCCUAAAGGCUAGGGAAGUGAUCACUGAAAAAGAGAAACUGGUGUUCAAGAAGACUAUUUCUGACAAGACCCCAUAUUUUUUGUCUUUCCUAAAACAAGUCUAUGGUAGUCCAAGAAUGCUUUGCGACGUCUUAGGAGUUGGUGACAAAGUGGAAGUAGAGUUGCAAGACACAGUGCUAAACUUCUUCUCCCACAAUGCGGACAAACUAAAUGAGUCAGAAAAAAUGAUGGAAAAAAAAUUCAAGGAGGUUAAAUAUGACGUUCCUAACUGUUCUGUUGUUCCGUCUGAGCUUCGUGAAAAACUCAAGUCCAAGACAAAUGAGAUGAACCAAAAGGAGUGCAGGGCUAAAGUUGUGUUUGGUGCAGACAACACAGUGGGUUUACUUGGCCACACUAAAGAGGUUGACGAGCUCAGUGAUGCCGUCACAGAGUUUAUUUUGGACCAGUCAAGUGUAGAAGGAAAGGUCUUACUCCCUUUCCCAGAGUUAGUUCAACUCUUACCAGAGUUGUUGCAGUUACAUAAUUUUGACUUGUCAGGAGUUACCUUUAGCCCUGUAACAGCUUCCUCUAAACCCACUGUGGUGCUCGAAGGGUCAGCCAACAAAGUGACAGAGGUCAGGAAUAGACUAGGCCCAUUUCUGGAUUCAAUUGUUCAAGACAAUGUUACUCUUGACCUGGCAGGGGCAGCAAGAUUUUUUGAAUGUCACUCUGGAAGACAGAGUCUAUUACAAGUUGCUCAAGCUAAUAAAUGUCUCAUCCAGCUUGAAGAACAGCCUCACAUUAGCAGACAGAAUUUGGAUAUUGUGAAAUAUAACCUUCAGCAUGGGCUUCAGGUGAUGGUUUGUGAAGGUGACAUCACAAAACAAUAUGCUGAUGCUCUGGUAAAUGCUGCCAACGAAGAUUUAAAUCACACUGGUGGUGUUGCAGCUGCACUUAGUAAAGCAGGUGGCCCUCAAGUGCAGAGAGAAAGCCAUAGAAUUGUAAAACAGACUGGAAAGAUCCCUACUGGUGAAGUGGUAGUGACUACAGGGGGUAACCUAAAAUGCAAGAAACUGCUGCAUGCUGUUGGACCUGUAGGCGGAAACGAUGGUGGCAGAGAGAGGAUCACACUAGAGAAAACUGUCCACAAUGUUCUUAAUUUAGCUGAAAUGAUGGAGUUCAAGUCUGUUGCCAUGCCAUGCAUAAGCUCAGGUGUGUUUGGCGUUCCUAUUCGAGUGUGCUCUGAUGCUAUCGUAACUGCCAUUAAGGAGUUUGGUAGUCAGUGUGGGCGAAGUCUGAGCAACAUAAUGCUAAUAGAUAACAGAGCAGAGGUGGUGAGAGCCAUGCAGGAGGCAUGUGACAGACUUCUCCAGGAAAAAGGUAGCAAUAAAGGCCCACCAGGAGAUGUGAGAUUCAAGAUGAAUGAAGGAGCAACUGCUGGAGCCACUGAAAAUACUGUCCAAGUCAAGAUUAUUCAAGGGAUCAUUGAGACUCAACAAGCGGAUGCCAUCGUGUCUCCUAUGGUGGGCCUUAACCCUGCCUCAACUAACGUUGGGCAAGCUUUGGCCAGUGUGGUCGGGCCAGAGCUGACAGCAAAGUUUCAGAAGGAGGCAGGAGGAGCAACGCAGGCAGGAGAAUUAGUUGUUGUAGAAAACUUGCCUGGUCUUAAAUGCAAAAUCGUCGUCUUCCUUAACCUAAACCGCUGGGAUAAUGCUCAAGAUGGAAAUUCAGUCCAGGAGCUGAGGCAGGGAAUAAGAAAAAUUCUGUCUUCCUGCGAGAUUAGAGGCUUUAGCUCAGUUGCUUUUCCAGUGCUUGGGACCGGUGCUCUGCUAGCUUUUCCUCACAUGCUAGCUUCCAGUGUUCUUCUGGAGGAAGUCCGUGCAUUUGAACAGAACCGAAUUCACAAAACGCUUUUUUUGGUCUACAUUGUUGUUCACCCCAAGGACAAGGAAUCUAGCAAGGCCUUCCAGUCAGCCCAGGGAGCUUUGCAUCUCAAAGGAUUAACAAAUGAUGUUAACCCAAAUCAAGCUUCCUUUUAUCGUCAUGUCUCUGGGUCAAAUGAUGAAGUCACAGCCUUGUUGGGUGGAGUCAAGCUUGAGAUGGUCUGUGGUGACAUCACUAAAGCAGGAACAGAUGUUAUCGUCAACACCACUGGCUUUUUAAACCAACACUCUGGUGUCUCCAAAGCCAUUCUGACUGCAGCAGGCUCGUCUGUCCAAGCAGAAUUAGCCAAAGCGGGCGUUCCUGCUGAUUUGAUGUGCACCACAGGACCUGGGCUGCUUGGCUGUAAGGAAAUAAUUCACGCUGACUUUAAAGGUGACUUACAGCUUACCCGCAAAACCUGCAAAAAAAUACUGUUGCAGUGUGAGAGCAAAGGAUUCAGCUCUGUGGCCUUCCCAGCAAUUAAUACAGGACAGGCAGGUGUAAGAAAUGAUGAAGCUUGCAAAGCCAUGCUGGAUGGCAUGGUUUCAGCAAUCACAGAAUCGAAGCCAAAGUCUCUUUCACUCAUCCGCAUUGUCAUCCUGCAGCAACCAGUCUUUCAAGCUUUCAGAUCUGAACUGGAGGUCCGAUUUGGACAGAUUGUUCAGCGUGGCCUUAAAGAAAAUGCUCUGCUAAAGCUCAAGAAUCUGCGAGAUAAGUGUUCAAGUAGGUUUUCUACAGCUUUCGCAUCUCAAGGCCAGUCCUUCAUCUCCUCAAAGCCCCAGCCAGCAGUGUUACGAGUAAUUAGCUGUGGUCAAGACAUCAAUAAGUCCAUCAAAACUGAUUUAGAAGGGUUAUUGAAGAAGGAGCUGUUAGAGCGAUCUGUAAAUAUGGAUGAAUUUUCCAAGCUAAACGAAAUGGAGAUGAGUGCUGUGCUGGCAAAAGUCAAACUUGCUGGAAUAAGCAUGGAGCAUAAAAAGCAUCAAAGCUCUGAAGCAGUGAAUAGAUCAGGGAGAAGGGCUCACUCUGGGUCAGGUAAAGACGUGUAUGUGCUGAAAGGCUUAACAGAAGAUGUUUUGAGUGUCAUUGAACUGAUAAGCAAAGCAGUUCACAAAGCACUUGAAGAAGACCUCAGAGAUAAGGAGGAGGCGAUGAUGGCACUUACUGUUGAGUGGGCGAUGAAGGAUGACAGUGGAGAAUGGCAAGAGCUGAGUCUGCAUCAUAACUACAUACUGGAAAAUGCCUACCAGACAAAACAAGUGUUUGUGGAUUUAGAGACACCAGGUGCCACAGUGAUGAAAGUAAAUUUGAGGACACUGGAAGCCACAGAGUGGUCGACUGGCAAAACGUACAAACUGAAAAGGAAUGAGUCAAAAAAAGAUUUGGAGUUGCCACAACACUGGGAGCCUAUGAACGGAGAAUACUUUAAAAAGGUAGAGCUCCAGCGUAACUCAUCAGAGUACAAGAGAGUUUCCGAUGAGUUCCUCAAAACAGCUAAAUACAAAAUUCUCAAAAUUGAGCGCAUCCAGAACUUCUACCUUUGGCAAGCCUUUAGUGUGUGUCGCCAACGUAUAGCUGCCAAGAAUGGUUUAGCAGAACUUGGUGAAAAGUUUCUUUAUCAUGGCACAUCAGCAGAGUCAUGCAACUGUAUCGAAAAAGACAGAUUUGACAGGAGUUAUUCUGGAACGCAUGCUGCCGUAUAUGGAAAAGGAGUGUACUUUGCAGUCAAUGCAAAUUACUCAGCUGAUAGGUUUUCCCCAGCUGAUACAUCAGGCCUGAAACGACUGUAUGUUGCUCGUGUCCUAACGGGUCGUUACACAGUCGGUAAAUCCUCCAUGAUAGCCCCCCCUCCACGAGGUUCAGACCCCACAGACUGCUUCAACAGUUUGGUGGACAACGCGCAGAAUCCCUCUAUGUUUGUUAUCUUUCAUGAUGACCAGGCGUACCCAGAAUACCUCAUCACCUUCAGUUGA